AUGUCGACGGAACAGCUUAUGAGGCUUCUCGACCAGCCCGCGCACGCCUCGGGCCCCAUCUACGGCGGCUCCAGCCGUACCGAGAAGGAGGCCUUCUUCCGCUUCUACAGCCUGACCGUCAAGCAGGUGGCCGGCAAGACGGACACGGCCUUUUGGAAGAUCAACCUGCCGCAGCUCGCACAGGCGCAGCCCGUGCUCUGGCACGCCUCGCUCGCGCUCUCCGCGAUGCAGCUGCGCGAGACCAUCCACGACAAGACGGCCGUGGCGCACCAGACGCGCCAGAACCACUUCAAGUUCGCGCUCGGCCAGUACAGCAAGUCCAUCGCGCAGCUCGUCAAGCUAUCGGGCAAGCAGGACAUGACGGGCACCGACCAGGAGGCGGUGCUGACGGCCUGCAUCGUGCUCAGCUGCUUCUGCCUCAUGCAGCUCGAGAACCGCGACGCGCUCAUCCACUCCCUCUACGGGCUCAAGCUGACGCGCCAGUGGAACUUUGCCCGCCGCGCGACGAACCCGCGGCUGUCCGAGAGCGCCCGCUCGACGGCCGACUACCUCACCGCCAUGAUGAAGUACUUUGAGAUGAACUUUAUGGAGCAGGCCACCGAGCCGCCCGCCACCGAGGAAGAGGCCGCCAGCCUGCCCCCGCGCGAGCUGACCAUCAACCGCCUCCCCAUCGGGCACCACAAGGUCCCUGCGGGCGCCAAGGAUUGCCCGCUCACGAUCCGCCUGUGGUGCGUCAAGGGCCAGGUCGACCUGCACCUCGACUUUGUCCAGGACCGGCAGAUCUCCAAAGAGGAGUUUAUGGCGCAGUUUGAGACGGUCAUCAUCCUCGCGCAGGACAUCAUCCGCGACGUCAACGCAACGUCCAAGGUGGACCAGGAGUGCACACUGGCCGCAACGUUUGGCACGGUACCGUUCGCACCGCGCCUGGUACCGCCGCCGAUCGUGUGCUCCGACCGCCACCGGCUGCAGACGGCCACGGUGCUCGUCACGGGCGGCGAGUGGCCGUCGGACAUAGGCUACUUCGACACGACCGUGCUCGGGUCCAAAUUUGAGCGCGGCGCGCUCGUGCCGUACGGGUCGCUCGUCUGGGACGACCGCAUCGCCGCCGCCGGCUGCGACUGCGGCGUCGACGACAUUGGCCUCUGCCACGAGCACGCCACGCCCAACAUCAAGCAGGACUUUAUGCGCGAGGACGGCAUCAAGGCCCUGUUCAAGGAUUUGGGUGAUGUGAUUCGGCGCUGGCCGGUGCACAUGGUCACCAUGAGCUGGUGA